CCCAAUUCUGUGCUGGAGUCUCGGAUGCGGAAGGGGACGGUUUCUUCUUAAAAGAGAAACGACGGCGGCGCGCGCGAGGUGGGCCCCUGUGCUCCCGCUGUUCUCCGGGCCUGCGCGCGAGGCCGAGGAGGCGCAGGCGCAGUUGGGGUGAAGGCGGGCGGGGGCGCGCAGGCCCAGGCGCACAUGGCUUCCUCACCUGUGGCGGACGUCUCCUGCGGGCGGAGGGAAAAGCGGCGGCAGCUGGAUGCGCGCCGCAGCAAGUGUCGCAUACGUCUGGGCGGCCACAUGGAGCAGUGGUGCCUUCUCAAGGAACGCCUGGGCUUCUCCCUCCACUCACAGCUGGCCAAGUUCCUGUUGGACCGGUACACUUCUUCAGGAUGCGUCCUCUGUGCAGGUCCUGAGCCUUUGCCCCCCAAGGGUCUGCAGUAUCUGGUGCUCUUGUCUCAUGCCCACAGCCGAAAGUGCAGCCUGGUGCCUGGGCUUCGUGGGCCUGGGGGCCAUGAUGGGGGUCUUGUGUGGGAGUGCUCAGCGGGCCACACCUUCUCCUGGGGACCCUCUUUGAGCCCUACACCUACAGAGGCACCCAAGCCAGCCCCUCUUCCACAUACUGCCCAGAGAAGUUGGUGCCCAGAAGCCAGGAGUGGGCAGGAGCCUGCAGGUUUGGAAUUGGAACAUAAUGAGGGGACUCAAGAGGCCAAAUUGCUCAGAGGGGUGAGACCCCCACCCGAGACCUUCCCACCCCCAGGAGAAGAAGAGGGUGAGGAAGAAGAGGACGAUGAGGAUGAAGAGGAGAUGCUCAGUGAUGCCAGCUUAUGGACCUACAGCUCUUCUCCAGAUGACAGUGAGCCAGAUACCCCCCAACGACCACCUUCCCCUGUCACCCACACACCUAAGGAGGGGGAGACACCGCUGGCCCCUGCAACUCUCUCCACUCCUCUUGCUGUGCCUUCCUUGUCAGCAUCAUCAUUGGGUUCCAGGGCUCUUGUGCCCGUGGAAGUCAAGGUACAGCCACAGCUCACUGGGACCCCUCAAGCAGCCGAGCAGACUAAGCCCCUGGCCAGCACUGGGAGUCAGGUCCCAUCUGCUCCAAGCCCAAUCUGGGAUGAGGACACCACACAGAUCGGCCCCAAAAGAAUUAGGAAAGCUGCCAAAAGAGAGCUGAUGCCUUGUGACUUCCCUGGCUGUGGAAGGAUCUUCUCCAACCGGCAGUAUUUGAAUCACCACAAGAAGUACCAGCAUGUCCAUCAGAAGUCUUUCUGCUGCCCAGAGCCGACCUGUGGGAAGUCUUUCAACUUUAAGAAGCACUUGAAGGAACAUGUGAAGCUGCAUAGUGACACCCGGGACUACAUCUGUGAGUUCUGCGCUCGGUCUUUCCGUACUAGCAGCAACCUUGUCAUCCACAGGCGCAUCCACACUGGAGAGAAGCCCCUCCAGUGUGAGAUAUGCGGGUUCACCUGCCGCCAGAAGGCCUCUCUGAACUGGCACCGGCGCAAGCAUGCAGAGACGGUGGCUGCCUUGCGUUUCCCCUGUGAGUUCUGUGGCAAGCGCUUUGAGAAGCCAGACAGUGUUGCAGCCCACUGUAGCAAAAGUCACCCGGCUCUGCUCCCAGCCCCACAAGAGUCACCCAGUGGUCCUUUGGGGCCUUGUCCCAAUGUUUCUGCCCCUGAACCCCCGGGGCCCAGUGAGGAAUCCAGUCCCUCUCCAUCUCCUCAGGCUCUACCUGUAUUCCCCCAGCAAUAAGCUCUUCAGGGAGCCAGACCCAGGGACAGACAGAAAAGCAGCAAGGAGAGAGCUCAGAGGACAAACUCUGGAUGCCUGGUCCCCUAGAACUAGGGUGAUGGGAAGUGCAGACUGGGGGCAAAACUGGGAUCUAGGACAUCUGGACUAACUCUAGUUUUCCUAAAGCCCAGAAUAAACAGAAUUUCAAGUGGG